GACGAGAAGGCUAGGGAGGAAGAAAGAGGCAGAAAGGGCGUGUUUAGGCGCUACGUCUCCCCUCCCCUUUCUCAGGUCCCAGCUCGGGCUCUGCGCGCUCGCUCUCGGGCUACAGCUCCCCGCGGGCGAAGCAGGGCGUCGGGUGCGAUAGCCCGGGCUGCCCCUCGGGCCGCCGCCCCGCGCCUGCCCGCGCUCCCCGCCGCGGGCUCCCCACGCCCAGCCCAGAGCCUCCGCGGGGCGCCCUCCUGUCCCCUCCCCCUCCGCCUCGCGCCCACCCCGGGGCUGCGACACCCCCGCGGCUCCGCCGCGCGGAGCUCCAGGCCAUGGGCUCGGGGCGCGUCCCCGGGCUCUGCCUGCUCGUCCUGCUGGUCCACGCGCGCGCCGCCCAGCAUGGCAAAGCUGCGCAAGAUGUAGAUGAGUGUGUGGAAGGCACAGACCAUUGCCACAUCGAUGCCAUCUGCCAGAACACCCCGCGCUCCUACAAGUGCAUCUGCAAGUCCGGCUACACGGGGGACGGCAAGCACUGCAAAGACGUGGACGAGUGUGAACGGGAGGACAACGCGGGCUGUGUGCACGACUGUGUCAACAUCCCUGGUAAUUACCGGUGUACCUGCUACGACGGAUUCCACCUGGCGCACGACGGACACAACUGCCUGGACGUAGAUGAGUGUGCGGAGGGCAACGGUGGCUGUCAGCAGAGCUGUGUCAACAUGAUGGGCAGCUACGAGUGCCACUGCCGCGAUGGCUUCUUCCUCAGUGACAACCAGCACACCUGUAUCCAGCGGCCGGAAGAAGGAAUGAACUGCAUGAACAAGAACCACGGCUGUGCCCACAUCUGCCGGGAGACUCCCAAGGGGGGCAUUGCCUGCGAGUGCCGCCCUGGCUUCGAGCUCACCAAGAACCAGCGGGACUGUAAAUUGACCUGCAACUAUGGUAACGGCGGCUGCCAGCACACGUGCGACGACACGGAGCAGGGUCCUCGGUGCGGCUGCCACGUCAAGUUUGUGCUCCACACCGACGGGAAGACGUGCAUUGGGGAGAGGCGGCCAGAGCAGCUCGGGCCCACUCAGGCCGUUUCUAAUGAGACCUGUGCUGUCAACAACGGAGGCUGCGACAGUAAGUGCCACGACGCGCCAACCGGUGUCCACUGCAGCUGCCCAGUGGGUUUCAUGCUGCAGCCAGACAGGAAGACUUGCAAAGACAUAGACGAGUGUCGCUUAAACAACGGGGGCUGUGACCACAUCUGCCGCAACACAGUGGGCAGCUUCGAGUGCAGCUGCAAGAAGGGCUACAAGCUUCUCAUCAACGAAAGGAGCUGCCAGGAUAUAGAUGAGUGCUCCUUCGACCGAACCUGUGACCACAUGUGUGUCAACACCCCGGGGAGCUUCCAGUGUCUCUGUCAUCGGGGCUACCUUCUGUAUGGUGUCACUCACUGUGGGGAUGUGGACGAAUGCAGCGUCAAUAAGGGAGGCUGCCGCUUUGGCUGCAUCAACACCCCGGGCAGCUAUCAGUGUACCUGCCCGGCAGGCCAGGGCCGCCUUCACUGGAAUGGAAAGGAUUGCACAGAGCCAGUGAAGUGUCAGAGCAGUCCUGGAGCCUCAAAAGCCAUGCUGAGCUGCAAUCGCUCGGGCAAGAAGGACACUUGUGCCCUGACCUGUCCCUCUCGGGCCCGGUUCUUGCCAGAGUCGGAGAAUGGUUUCACGGUGAGCUGUGGUACCCCGAACCCUAAAGCUGCUCCAGUCCGAGCCAUCCACCCUGGGAACAGCACCAGCUCCAGCUCCAGCUCCAGCUCCAGCUCCUGCCACGAGGCCUCAGUGCUGCCAGUCAAGCAGAGGGCCUCCUUCAAGGUCAAGGAUGCCAAAUGUCGCCUGCAUCUGCGAAACAAAGGCAAAGCAGAAGACGCCAGCAGAAUACCCGGGCCAGGCGGUGCCUCCUGCUCUGACUGCCAGAUCACCUUCAUCCACCUUAAGUGUGAUUCUUCUCGGAAGGGCAAGGGCAGGCGGGCCCGGACCCCUCCAGGCAAGGAGGUUACCCGGCUCACCCUGGAAUUAGAAGCUGAGGUCAGAGCAGAAGAAACGACAGCUGGCUGUGGGCUCACUUGCCUCCGACAGCGGAUGGAACGAAGGCUGAAAGGGUCCCUGAAGAUGCUCAGAAAGUCCGUCAACCAGGGCCGGUUCCUGCUGCGCCUGGCCGGCCUUGACUAUGAGCUAGCCCACAAGCCAGGCCCGGUAGCUGCGGACCGAGCAGAGCCGGUGGAGGUCUGCCGACCGGGGCAGCACCGAGCAGGCACCAAGUGUGUCAGCUGCCCGCAGGGAACGUAUUACCACGGCCAGACGGAGCAGUGUGUGCCAUGCCCAGCGGGCACCUUCCAGGAGAGGGAAGGGCAGCUCUCCUGCGACCUUUGCCCUGGGAGUGAUGCCCACGGGCCUCUUGGAGCCACCAACGUCACCACGUGUGCAGGUCAGUGCCCACCCGGCCAGCACUCAGGAGAUGGGUUCAAACCCUGCCAGCCAUGCCCACGCGGCACCUAUCAACCUGAAGCAGGCCGGACCCUGUGCUUCCCCUGUGGCGGGGGCCUCACCACCAAGCACGAGGGGGCAGUCUCCUUCCAGGACUGUGACGCCAAGGUCCAGUGCUCCCCAGGCCACUACUACAACACCAGCAUCCACCGCUGUAUCCGCUGUGCCGUGGGCUCCUACCAGCCCGACUUCCGUCAGAACUUCUGCACUCGCUGCCCAGGAAAUACAAGCACUGACUUUGAUGGCUCUACCAGUGUGGCCCAGUGCAAGAAUCGGCAGUGUGGCGGGGAGCUGGGCGAGUUCACUGGCUACAUCGAGUCUCCCAACUACCCGGGCAACUACCCAGCCGGUGUGGAGUGCGUCUGGAACAUCAACCCCCCACCCAAGCGCAAGAUCCUCAUUGUGGUCCCCGAGAUCUUCCUGCCAUCUGAGGACGAAUGUGGGGACGUCCUGGUCAUGAGAAAGAACUCCUCCCCAUCCUCCAUCACCACUUACGAGACCUGCCAGACCUAUGAACGUCCCAUUGCCUUCACCGCCCGUUCCAGGAAACUCUGGAUCAACUUCAAGACCAGUGAGGCCAACAGCGCCCGAGGCUUCCAGAUUCCCUAUGUGACCUACGAUGAGGACUAUGAGCAGCUGGUGGAAGACAUCGUGCGGGACGGCCGGCUGUAUGCGUCAGAAAACCACCAGGAGAUCCUAAAGGACAAGAAGCUUAUCAAGGCCUUCUUUGAGGUCCUGGCCCACCCUCAAAACUACUUCAAGUACACAGAGAAACACAAGGAGAUGCUGCCAAAAUCCUUCAUCAAGCUACUGCGCUCCAAAGUCUCCAGCUUCCUGAGGCCUUACAAAUAGUGCCUGUGGGCCCUGAGACCCAGGUUUCAGAGCUCCUGCCUCCCUGGCCCUCAGAGCUGGCACCCCAACCUCAGACAAGAUACUGUCCUCUCCUCUUGGAGGAGAAAUAUCACUACACCAGGCACUCCCCUUCUGCCUUUCUAGUUACCUUGUCUUCUUUCUGUCUUUCUCCUGGAAACGUCAUCCAGUGCUGUCUCCGUUCCCCACACAGGUGAAGGACUAGACACCCUCUAUUCCUCUACCAUCAUAGCAUGGUGCCUUGCCAGCCAGGAGCCAAAACACCCCUCCAUGGCCCCAUGCUACCCAGAGUGACUCUUCACUGCUCAGAGUCCUGCCAAAGAAGCCUUUGACAUAGCAGAUUGCUGCCAGCACCAGGCUGCUGGGCACACAGUUUGAGCCCUGGGGUGCCCACACAGUCGGCCUUCUCAUCUGUACAGCUUGCUCUGUCUGCCUGGGGCUGACUCCAUAGGGUUUACAAGGGUUCCAUACCGCUGGGCUGGCAAACCCCUGCCGGGUAAGGGAGAGCAGCCCACAGAGGCCCCGGACAUACACAGCCCUCAGAUAGCUCCGCAGGAGAGAAAGCAGGUUUUUAAAACAUUGCCCAAAACAGAAAGAAAAGAAAAUGUGUUACCUAAAGGAGCUUCCUGCAGGACAAGUGGAAGUCAGCCUCAAACCCUAACCCUUUUCCUUGCCAACCCUCCCUGCCCAGCAGUGCCCUCCCUGCCCAGCUGUGCCCUCCCCCUACCUAAGGGCUCCCUGGGGGAGGCCCACGUCCCCUACUAAGUGCUGUCCUUAAAGAAGUCUGGCUGUUGACCCUCCCAGCCUAGACCUUGCUCCACAGUUGUUUUUCCCUUGUAGCCCCAGGUGGCUCGUGGGCUCCACCAAAGAGGACCCCACUCUGCAGCCAGCCUGGAGCUGCCUACCUCUAGCCUUAGGCUGUGGGCAGCAGGAGUGUGUGAGUGCCCUCCGCAAGCCGCCUGCCCACCCUCUCCACAUCUGACAAGUGCAAUCAUUUUGAGUCUGUCUGUGUCUUCUAGAGGAAAGGGGUUGUUUUUUGUUUGUUUCUUUUUCCUCUUAGAAUAACCCUAUUUAUAGCUGCCCAGGAGGGAAGAGUGUUUGGGGGUGGAGGAACAGCAAUUUGACUGCGGGAGCCUUAAGUGCUGGAGUCUUCAAUGUCUCAGUCCUACCUGAGGCCGCCCAGAACUUCAGAGCCCUCAGUGGUGCUGAGCUAGGGCAAUCCCUCGGAGGUGCCCAAAGUAGAGGAGACUGGCUCUGUAACCUGAGCAGGAGGAAGAGGGUUCCUGAUCGAGCCAACACUGCCUGCCUUGUGUCUCUCUGGAUCCAUGGUUACAGAUGCAGAUGGAAUUGGCCAGGAAUCUUGCGCGUAAGGCCAGCCUCUAUCUUUCCCUGCCUUCAUGCUCUCUCCUGAUGUGACCUGGAAGGGGAUCGGGAUAAACUCUACGGAUGGCCAGUGCAGGCUCCCAAGACUUGCAGAGAAAGCUGGAGCUACCUAGGAUUGGAGUUAUCCACACAGGACGCUGGUGAGGAACGAGAGCCGGCCACGUGCCUGACACUGGCCGCCUGCCUCUUGGAGCUGCCGUUGUCAAGCCUGCAUCGACUACUGGUUUUCAAAAGGAAGAAUGGAGCCUGUGCCCAGGCCUAGGCUCUGUGUGAGCUCCACCCUUAACCCAGUCUCUGCCUGUAAAGUCUCGAAUUGUUCCUUCUUAUUCCCCCGAGGCCUUAGUCCUGGACAGCCACCAACGACUCCUCAGGUCCAACUCUAGGUGACUGUCAAGAGAUUCAACUACCAAAUAGUCUGAUCCACACACACCAGCCAACAGCAGACAAGCUAGCUUCCUGGACGUGUUAGCCAACAUGUGUGUGGGGGUUGUCAAAGAGCUAGUGUAAAGCUGUUAGAUGGUUUCGUGUAAGGGGUGAAUGGGCAUCUGGUGGGCAUGUCUGCGCCUCCCCAGAAGCGCCACAGAACAGCCUGAAUCAACUCUGACCAUCCUACUAGAAGCACGGCGGAGCACUCUGUGAGUCUGCUCUCCCUGCCAUUUUGUCAGCCCCAUGGAGAGCCACACAAAGAGAGUGCCUCCUGAUGAUAUGCCUUUAGGCUAGGACUUUUCUAAUAUUCCUUUCCCAGUCUCACCAUGCAUGUGCGGUCACCUCCUCUAAUCAUGUGGUCUAUGGCUGACAGGGCAGCUCAUGAGGUCCAUUGUACGGAGAGAGCAGGCCACUAGACUUAGCUGAUACUAAGAUGGACGGAGGAGGUCAACCAAGCUGGCAGCGAGGAACCCAGGCAGAGCUGUUACUGGACUUAUAGGGGACACUGGCCCUGAGGGGCCUCACUCUGGGGGCUGAGUGGAUUGAAGGAGUUAAGAACUCAGGGACUUUCUAGGACUGCACAGGUUAGACAAAAGAGGUUUCCAGGAGGAAGUGGGGGAUGGGAAGAGCUUCUCUGUGGGCUGUGGUGCUUCCGAGGUCGCGUAGCCAUGGCACCUCAUUCAUCCUAGCGCAGGGCCUGCCCUGAACUGAGUCCCAGUGCGCGAAGCCACGUCCACGAGUGCUCCAAGCACCCGGUGGCACAUGCCAAGCAGGCACUUAGGUCCUCGGCAGCACCUCGAGGCCUCUCUGGCCUUUGCCUCUAUUUGUGUCGUCAGCCCAGCCAAUCCCCACGCCUGAGGUCGUUAGGAGAAAACAGACCCGAGCCCCGAGCCUGGAUGUUUGCUGCCCGCCCUGUGCCUUCCGUGAUCCUUCGAGGACUGCCAUGGGCCUCACUACGCUCAUUUCCAGGUGGGGGUGGGGGUGGGGAAGACAGGUUUAUUGCUUCCAGUUCUGGUUCCUAGGAGUCUUUGUGAAUCUGCGAAGUGUUCUCCAUGUGCGUGUUUGAGGUGACUCUCAAAUGGAUUAGGAAGUCGUAUCUCAGUGUGUAAGAAAAAGCUGUACCACACUUAAGGGUCUGCAUUUGCUGCUGAGUUUCAAAGCAGGGGAACAGAGGCCAAAUAUAACUGACCCCACUCAGAACAUGGUACCCGCCCCCCCCCUCCCCCCCGCCUGGUUCCUUUCUUAAGCAAACACCAUGAAGGAACUCGUCUCAAAGUAGGCACUCUGCCUUUCUGCCAUUAUUUGGAUUAGGAAUCCUUUGAGAACUAGAAGGACUAGAAGCCCCAUCCUGUGAUCAGCUUACCAAGACAAAACCACAGCACCAGUUUGGAUAAGCUCAAAAUGUUGUUCUAUGUGAGUCUAACUUUCAGAGAAUAAUUAUCACGUGGACAGCUUUUUUUUUUUUUUAA